AUGGAGAACGGCAGCUCGGCAUUCUACCUCUCCACGUUCGAAGCCUCCUACUCGAUGCAAAUGGUCAUCUUUGGCCUCUGCCUGCUGCUCUAUGUGAUCACAGUUGUAGCCAACCUGCUGGUCUUCGUGGCGGUGCUCAUGUGCCCGGAGCUGCACAAGCCCAUGUACUUUUUCCUGGGAAACAUGGCGUUGGUCGACAUCAUCGGCUGCACGAGCUCCGUGCCCAAGCAGCUGCAAAUCCUGCUGACGGGCGACACCAAAAUCCUGUACGAGUCUUGCCUCGUGCAGAUGUUUUGCGUUCACGUGUUCGCCAAUUUCGAGUCGCUGACGCUAUCGCUCAUGGCUUUUGACCGUUACGUGGCCAUCUGUCACCCGCUGCGCUAUCACACCAUCGUCACAGCCAAGAAGACGCUCGGAGUCUUGGUGCUGAUUUGGGUGAUUGCCUCGCCGGCCUGCAUGGCACUCGCGCUGCUCGUCACGCCGCUAAACUUCAGCGAUGACAAUCGGAAAAUCCAGGGAUAUUUUGUGAUCACAUGGGCGUCAUUGCAUUGGCUGAAUCAGACAUCAAGGUUAGCAAUGCAUAUGGGACGGCGCUAA